AUGGCGGCUGGAGGCGUCCCAGUCGUCUUUUCUUUCGAAAGGAGGUCUUCGUUGGUAUCGCGUUCCCUCUCACCACCACCGACGUUCUCCCAAGCCUUUAAGUCCACUUAUCGCUGCCAUAUGACCCCAAACGAUCGAUCUGCCACCCACAAGGCCUCUGGACAACUCUCCAUCCUUCUGCGGCCCUUAAACUGCGAUUUUCGUCACUCUGUUCUUGAUCGCUUCCCGCUUGUUGUCCUGAUCCCAUGGGUGUGUCCUGCGAUUCAAAAUAAUCAAUUAAUCAAUCAUAUUGACCGAAUUGUUCAACGUACCUAUUAUUAUGUAUAUGCUAUACUUUGA